GAAUCGCAGGCGCCGCGGAUCCGGAGGGCGAUGGAGCAGGAACGAGGGCCCGGGGCUGUGGCUGACUCGCCGGAGGAAGAGGUGGGGGCGGCGGGGGCGACAAUGGCGGCUGCGGGUGGCGCGGGCCCGGCCAUCCUGCAGGUGGCCGGCCUCUACCGAGGCCUCUGCACGGUGCGCAGUCGGACCCUGGGCCUGGGGUUUGUUUCACCCGCUCAGCUGCGCGUGUUCCCCGUGUGCCGCGGCUCGGGCCAGCCCUCGGGGGGCGCGGACGGCAGCGGGGUCGGGGCCGAGCUGGAGGCCAACCCCUUCUACCAGCGCUACCGGGACAAGAUCCAGCAACUGCGCAGGUCCGACCCAGCUGCUUUUGAGUCACGCCUGGAAAAGCGCACCGAGUUUCAAAAGCAACCAGUGGGGUACUCUAGGCAAGGUGAUUUUGUCAAAUGUGUGGAGCAGAAGACAGAUGCCUUGAAGAAACAGCCUGUGAGCAAAGGAUUCACUAAAGACAAGACUCUCAGUUCUAUCUUUAACAUUGAGAUGGUGAAAGACAAAACUGCAGAAGAAAUAAAACAGAUUUGGCAGCAGUAUUUUGCAGCAAAAGAUACAGUCUACGCAGUCAUUCCCAAAGAGAAGUUUGAUUUGAUGUGGAACCGGGCUCAGUCCUGUCCAACAUUUCUGUGUGCACUGCCAAGAAGGGAAGGUUAUGAGUUCUUUGUUGGACAAUGGACAGGUACUGAACUCCACUUCACUGCACUUAUAAAUAUUCAGGUAUGUGGCUUGUGUUCUACUAAGCACAAGGGGGGAGGAAAGAAGCCUAUCAUUUGGUGGGACUAGGACCAAUUGCUAAGACUUGGGAACACAGAGUAUCUACUGAUUCCUAGCAGUACUUGCUGGGGCACUGAUGAAUUUUCAUACUUUGCAUGUU